AUGCUUGCACAGUCCGAUACCGAUAAAGGUCCAGGACCGACCACGAUGGUCAACGAAUCGAUCUCCAUGCUUGCGAACAAGUACUUCGACUUCUCCUUCACGGGUGGGCCAAUUCAAUGCCCGGAAGAGGCUUGCAAGAAAAUGGCCCAAGAUAAUCAGUUCAAGGAGAUUAUGUACACGGAGGAGCAGAACAAGUAUAAGUACGUGAUCGAUGUGGAUGGAAACGGAUGGAGUGGGAGAUUCCAUCGCCUGAUGAAGAGCAACACGAUGGUACUCAAGAGUACAAUUUUCCCCGAGUGGUAAGUAGUCUUGACAAGGUGCUUUGUUCCGUCGUAUAGACGGCGGUCACUGAUCUCAUCUGAUGAUCGGACCGAUUCCUACGCUUUGCGCUUUGCACAGGUACACGGAUCGAAUUCAACCGUGGCUACAGUGAGUGCCUUGACUCCUGUCUCUGCGGAAAAGCUGGGUACUGACCGCAUUGCUUCCAUUCUUUCAAAGCUACGUUCCUGUCAAAGUCGACUAUACCGACCUCAUUCCAAUCAUGGCCUUCUUUAUGGGCGACCUCGAAGGACGCGGGGCGCAUGAUUACUUGGGUGAGCGGAUAGCUACACGGGGCCGGCUCUGGACCGAAAUGUAUUGGCGGUACGAGGACAUGCAAGCGUGUGAGUUCCACCUCCCCCUCUCUUCUUGCCUCUUCCCCCCACAUCAAGAAGAGCUCGGAAGUUUGAAGAAUGGAGUCACUGAUCAUCUCAAGAGGCGGCUGGCAGACUUCCUGCGCUUGGUACUCGAGUACGGACGAGUCUCGAGCAAAGAGUAUCCGACCGACACGCGGUUCGAUUAUAUUGCUUCAGUAUAG